AGAGGAAAUCUCGCGAUCUCGCCUGUGCGUGAGCACAAACGUGAUCCUAAAGAUCCUUUCCGGUUGGUGCUCCAGACGAACAUGAGCAAGAUAUCAAGGGACAACCUUUACGAGGCCAUCAAUGCGGUCCUCACUUCCUCACAGGAGAAGAAGAGGAAGUUCACACAGUCUGUUGAGCUUCAGAUUGUUUUGAAGAACUACGAUCCUCAAAAGGACAAGCGUUUCUCUGGAACUGUCAAACUGAGGCAUGUGCCACGUCCCAAGAUGAGGGUCUGUGUUCUUGGAGAUCAAGUGCACUGUGACCAGGCCAACGCCAACAACAUCCCUUGUAUGGACUCUGACUCUUUAAAGAAACUAAACAAGGACAAGAAGCUAGUGAAAAAGCUGGCCAAGAAGUAUGAUGCCUUCCUUGCUUCUGACUCGCUGAUCAAGACAAUCCCUAGGAUCUUGGGACCAGGCUUGAACAGAGCAGGAAAGUUCCCCACCCAGGUCACACACAACGAGUCUCUGUUGUCCAAAAUUGAGGAAACAAAAGCAACCAUCAAAUUCCAGUUGAAAAAGGUAUUGUGUCUGGCUGUUUGUGUUGGACAUGUCGAAAUGGGUGCAGAUGAUCUGUAUUCCAACAUCACACUGUCCAUCAACUUCCUGGUGUCGCUGUUGAAGAAGAACUGGCAGAAUGUCCGUGCUCUCUAUAUCAAGGGAAGCAUGACGCCUUCUCAGAGAAUUUACUAAAGACUGUUGUCCUAAUAAAGUAACUACUGUGAUGGCAAA